AUGACGGAAGAAUGCUACCACCACGACGACGAACACGAGUGGAAGACGAGGAGGCUCGUAGUAUGGGCAUUGUUGGGUUUGAUCGCUGCGGUUGCGUUUGUGGUUUUCUUGGUGUGGGCCAUUCUUCACCRGCACGGACCGCGUUUUGUUCUACAAGACGUAACCAUUUCCGACUUCAACUUUUCACAAUCAAAUUUGCUAACUUCAAAUCUCCAAGUCACUCUCUCUUCUCGCAAUCCAAACGACAAGAUCGGAAUUUUCUAUGACCGCCUCGACAUCUACGCCUCAUACCGCAACCAAGAGGUGACGUUACCGAUACUAUUACCGGCAACGUAUCAAGUACACGGUGACGUGACGGUGUGGUCACCAAUUCUGAUUGGCUCCGCCGUGCCGGUGUCUCCUCACCUGUCUUCGGCGUUGAACGAAGACUUAAUCGCCGGGAUGGUGCUUCUGAACAUCAAGAUUGAUGGUUGGGUUAGGUGGAAAGUGGGUUCGUGGGUCUCUGGCACUUAUCGCCUUCACGUCAAUUGUCCGGCAUACCUUAUCUUCUCCGACCACUUUUCUAGUGCUGUUCCAGCGAUCAAAUACCAGCUUGUUCACCAAUGUGUUGUUGAUGUAUGA